ACAAUAUCGAGUCUUUGUCAGGCAACUGACUUGUCUUAAAGUGUGAACGUGAAUUUCUAUAAUCGAGGUAGUCUACACAGCCAUUCUGCGACUUGCCGCGACAGCCACUCGAGAAUAUACAUUGUAACUAUUUCGAUCCUCGCUCCUCGCCCACCCACUCUACACCAUGCCACCACCAACUCUGAAGCCGGUGCCGAUAAUCGAGAACGUCCGUCUGCCCGGAUCAGACUCGACCUGGGACAUGUCCAUUGACAACGACCAAGGCAUUAUCCAAUCGAUCACCCCGCACAAGGGCGAGUCCGAUACCGCAGCUUGCCGCGCACCACUCGCCCUCCCCGCAUUGACGCACCCGCACAUCCACCUCGACAAGGCCUACAUCCACAACGCGCGAGAGUAUGCGCAUCUCCUCCCCUCCAGUGGCUCGUUUGCCGAAGCGCUAUCCUUCACCACCCAAGCCAAGCGACAGUUCAUCCAGGCCGAUCUUCUGAAGCGUGGAGAAUGGCUCCUGGCGGGGGCUGUCACCGCGGGGGUCACGGCGAUGCGCGCGUUUGUGGAAGUGGACCAGACGGUCGGGUUCACUUGCCUGGACGCCGGCACCACUCUCAAGGAGACAUGGAAGAACGCCUGUACGGUCCAGCUAGUGAGCUUCGCACAAGAUCCCAUAUUCUCGGGCGAGCAUGGCGAGGAGAACCGACGGCUGAUGGAAGAGGCAAUCCGAUGGCCGCAGGUGGAUGUGAUUGGCACAACACCGUAUGUGGAAUCGACCGUUGAAGCUGCGAAGCGGAACAUCGAAUGGGCCGUUGAACGCGGUCUGGAAUACGGCAAACACGUGGACUUUCACCUGGAUUACAACCUCGACCCGGCAACAGAGGCCCUAGUCUGGUUUGUCCUGCGGACACUCAGAGAAAAGGGCUGGUCAGCCCAGUCGACGCCCAAGCGGGUUAUGCUAGGGCAUUGUACGCGGCUCACCCUGUUUACCCAUGACGAGUGGACGAGGCUUGCGAAAGAAAUUAAGGAUCAUGAUCUCCCUGUUAGUUUCGUUGGGCUGCCCACGAGUGAUCUAUACAUGGCUUCAUCCCCGAACCGAGGUAGUGCAGAUCAACCGCGAGGGACUUUGCCCGUAGUGGACAUGAUUGAAAAGCACAAGUUAGACGCUGUGAUCGGGAUCAACAAUGUUGGCAACGCGUUCACGCCAUGGGGUUCCGAGGACCCGCUGUUGUUAGCUUGCCUGGGGGUGGGGAUCUAUCAAGCUGGAACCCAGGCGCAUGCUGAACUUUUGUAUGAAUGUGUCUCGACACGCGCUCGUGCAGCAAUCGGGCUGUCACCACAUGACACUGGCCUUGAGUUAAAAUGUGACAGCUGUGCGGAUAUCCUGCUGUUCCACGAAGUCGAUGAAACAGGCUGCGGGGCAAUGAGGCCUCGGCAUGGUAUCGCAGGCAUUGUUUGGGACCCACCUGCGAAGAUGAGCAGGCGUGCGAUAUCGAGUGGUCGCCUGAAUAUUUCUUCGCCUUGCUUCUAA